AUGCUGGAAGCGUCUGGAGGGUAUGCGCGGGGAGCCGGGUGGGGCAAGGCUAUAAAAAGACGCAGGUGAGGGGCGGAGGCCAGUCGGCUCCGAUCUGUCAAACGAUUCGUGUACAAUAUUUCGCCGGCUGCGCGUUCAGCUUCACUAUACAAUAUACGCUCGAUCGCAUCAGUUCGUCAUCAUACUUGGCGCGUAGCUGUCGCUCGAGGACGAUGUGGCUGGUUGGUGAAACUAAUAUCAGUGCGUGAUUUUGCACGUGGUUCCACAACUGAUCGUGAUCGACUAACGAGAGAGAGAGAGAGAGAGAGAGAGAGAGAGAGAGAGGACGAUUACUCCACGGAGACGCAAAGCAACGGCAAAGUAAACAGGACACAGGCAGUAAGCUCUUCACGUGCUACAUUAACGCCUUUGGUGUUCGACGCACAGCUCUUUUCCGGCGAUCGAUAGGCACACGCGCGGUGGGUGGUGUGUAUGUGUGUGUGCGGUGACGCGCUGUCGUCGAACGAUCACCCAGACCCAGCAGCGGCAGUGUGCUCGCGAACGAGGGUCGAGAGGAAAGAGCCGAGCGCCGGAUCGAUCGAUUCCGGCCGUGUAAUUCUCUGAUCGCCGCCGCUACCUGCAUGAAGGCGAUGGUGGUGAGCCCGGUGAGCGGCAGAGUGCCGCCCAACCAUCGCGGCGUGUUGCACAACGGUCUGGGGAUCGGCGGCACCAGACGCGACCUCGAGGCCGAGGAAGUCGCCGCUUACCUCACCAAGCUGCGCUCCCUCGUGCCGGACAUGCCGCGCAAGCGGAAGCUGUCGAAGCUCGAGGUAAUCCAGAGGGUGAUCGAAUAUAUCUGCGACCUGCAGACCGCUCUGGAGGAAACGAACGCGGCGCAUCAGGAUGCCAAGACGAUGACGACGGCGACGGAAUCGACUACGCAGUCGUCCUCGAGGCAACCCCUGCUGAACACCAUCACGUCGGCCGCCACGACGACCACUACGACGUCCGUCGUAACCGCGACGGUCGCCGAUCGGUGACCUGUUGGUCGAACCCACUAGGGUACAGGUCGCAUCGAGGCCACCCUCCUCGUGGACUAGAUGGAUCGCUCUGCUCUUCGAAAAGGACGUCCGAUCUAUUCUCGAUCUGGGCAGUCACGGGAAGAGAUAUUGAUCAUCGCCCGGAAGAGAAAACUACCCGGGAGACCACGUCCGAGGAACGCACCGAAGAUGAGAACGUAUUUUGAUCAAAGAGACAUUUUGAUCAAAAAAAAAAAAAA